AUGCCUGCAUUCCAUGAGGUUUUGAGAAGUUUGAAUAGGGAAUGGCAACCUAAAGUGACGGCCAUAUGUGGAUCAAAAGACUUGAAGACUAUCUCUAUAGCUACACUAUUUGGGAAGCUUCAAGAGCAUGAACUAGAAUUGGCAAGACUAACCUUGAAGGAGAAUGCAAAGAAGAAAAGCAAGGGAUUAGCUUUGCAAGCCACAAGCUUAAGCCUUCAAGUAGAAGAAAAGGAAAAGAAGCUCUCCGAUGAUGAAUUGGAUAAAGAUGAAAUGAGUCUCUUUGUAAAGAAAUAUAGAAAAUUCUUCAAAAAGAAGAAUUUACAAAGAAGACCUCCAUUCCCAUCAAGAAGAAAAUCCAAAGAUGAAGGAACGUCUCAACUCAACAUCACGUGCUACGAAUGUGGAAAAAUCGGUCACUUUAAAUCAGAUUGUCCAAACCUUCAAAAGAAAGAUAAACAUGAGAAAAGGCAAUCAAAAGAGAAGAAAGGCUUUAAAAAGAAGGCAUAUACGGCUUGGGAUGAAGAUUCAAGCUCCUCCGAUGAUUCAAGUGAGGAAGAGGCUAAUGUAUGUUUCUUACAAGACUCUAAAGCCUCAAAUGAGAUAAGCAAAGGAAUGCAACAUAUGUGUUUCAUGACAAUGGAAAAUGGCAAUGAGUCAGAAUCCGAGGUAAACUCUACUUGCUCUACUAUCUCUCCUUCAUAUGAUGAAUUGCAAAAUUUAUUUGAUGAAUUACAUAGUGAAUCUUUAGAGCAUGUUAAAUCUCUUAGAGAAUUAAGAAAGACCAUUGUCUCUUCAGAAAAACAAAUUGCAUGCUUAAACAAAGAAGUAAAAGAGUUAAAGGAUGAAAAUGAAACACUUAAGUUGAUUGAUGCUAGUACAAAUUGCAUUAAAUGUUUAUCAUCAAAUAAUCAUGCAUCAUCAUCAUCAUGUAAUUCAUGUGAAAAGCUAAAAAGUGAAAUUGAUGAUUUAAACAAUAUGUUAAGCAAAUUUACAUGUGGUAGAGAUAACUUAAAUGUGUGCUUGAAGAGUGUCUCAUCCAAAUGGGUAUUGGAUAGUGGUUGCUCAAGGCAUAUGACGGGAGACAUUACCAAAUUCCUUUCAAUUACAAGGAAGGAACAUGGACAUGUAUCUUAUGGAGACAAUAACAAAGGAAAUAUCCUUGGCAUUGAGAAAGUUG